UUAACAUGACAAUGGGUGAUCCUCGUCUUAUCACUGGAGACAAGAUUCGCAAUACAUACACGAUAAUGCAGACUUUUAUAGACUGCGAGCUAUGAUAGACAUUUUGCGGAGUUGAAAGUCAACGAGAGUCGUGUAUGGAAGUGGGUAGUUAUAUAACGUGGAAUUAACGCAAGGAGAUUGAUACGUUGGGACAGACGCAUGGAGAAAAGUUUACAAGGAUAUAAAUCUACAUGUAUACUGAAACAGACAUUGGGUGUGGCUUGCUAACAGAGCUGUCCUGAUUGCAAACCUUGGUUACCGUAUGGGCGGUUUUUCCGAAUUAUCCUAAUGGCGAAGGACCGGGUGGUCAAAGCAGUCUCCAUCCCGACAUCUGGACUCAAUAUGUAAUUUAAAAUGGGUAAGAGCACCCCGGGUACUUGUGGGAGUUUCCAAGCCUUGAAUCCAUACCCAGUGGGCCUCAUCCUAAGCGGAAUGGUGGAUUUCAGCAACAGUAAAUGGAGCAGAACUGACACUAUAGGAUGAUACCUUGUGCCGCUCACGGUCCCUCUACUAAGUCGCACCCCGAUUUAUACACUGUGGUGUGGAUAAGGGAAGUCAGUAGACAGGCUGAGACGAUACGCUAAGACAGCACACAGAGCAACGGCCCGAGUUUACCUGGGAUUUUUGAAUGCAACUUGUGAACGGAGUACCUUCCGAGUGGAUUGCAUGUGACAGGUGUCUUGUGAUGGAUUUCAUGUUAUGUCAAUCACCUGGAUGUAUUAUCUUGUUCAUUUCAUGGAUUUAUUUGCCGGUUGAGAAAUUACUACCGCUGUCACUGACGACAGGGGGAUAGCAUGCGGGGUACACAGAUUUCAUUAACGUUGUCGAGUGGGGAUUAUACGAUUGUUUCAAGUGGAUUUUAAAUGUGUUCCGUGAAGAAUAAGUGAUCGGGGCACUGCCAUACUUCACCACGAGCACGUGAGUGCAGAGUUGUGAAGCUCCUGCACUGGACACAACGUUCAUCGCCGUUGGCACCAAUCAAGAAUCUUCUCAAUCUGAAACACCAGGACUUUCUACUUGUUGUCCGAGGCAAACUUUCAGAGUAGACCAGCGAGUGUGACAUUCUAGGGAACUUUCUGACUUAUAACUGUUACCAUGUUUUUUCCCUGAUCGUGAUUCGGGAAUGGAUUUUGCCGACACUGAUGCUAGAAGACCACCUCACAAAACACCUUGUGUGUCUUCCUAACUGUCAUGAGACGAAGCCCUGAGCCCACCUUCAUUGGUUUACUGUCUCACAUAAUUCCUUCUACUUUUCCUCAUGUCCAGUCUGCAAGGAAAGGCAACAGACCGCACGUUUCAAAUCAGGUUCGUCUUCCAGUAAAGAAGCGUCUUCUUUGUGCCAUCGUGUUUCUUUUUCUCCUUGUGAGUUCGUGUGUUGCAUACCCAAAUCCUAGAAUAGAAGCCCCUAAAGGGAAAACGCCCGGAGCUAUGUACUAUAGGACACCUUAUUGCAGACCUUUAACAGAUGAACAGCUUCAGAAGAGAAUGGGCUCAUCUUUUGAUGGCUCGAGAAUGGGCUCUGAUUUAGAGUCUUUAAGACUUGCCAAUAGUGCUGACAAAGUCCGGGAGGAUGGUUAUAGUGAUGAAGAGGACUUAGAUGAAUUUCAAGGAGACGAUCCAUCUGCUGAUAUUGACGAUGAUGUGAUUUAUGGUGAGAAUGAAGACGUUGACGAAGAGGAUGAAUAUAUUGAAAAUAAACAUGAGGAUGCUAAGAAACCCAGCUAUGAAGAUAAAGCACAAGUGUUCAAUUACAUGAGACGCAAGAGAGGUGUAUCGGACGAUGAGUUGCCACAUCGAGGUCCCCACUUGACAAAAAGGGGCUCGCUAAGCGAUUUUGGUACACUUCAUCUGAAACUAGCGCUUAGUGGUCGUAGAAACAAAGGACAUAGAUCUCAUGACGCAAGGAGCAGAAAACAAUUGAAGAAAGAACUCCGUGAUAAAGUGAAAAAAUCAAACAAAGACCCUCCAUGGGAAUGCAAAAUGGACCAUGAAUAUAAAAAGAUGAAGGAAGGUAUUUUCCCUCCUUACGUCACCGACGCAAAGUGUGUCACGGACAAAUGCUUUUUUAGAAUCUAUAACUGUGUCCCUAAAAAAUACAAGAUUCGUUUAUUGAUGAGGGACCCGGAUAGAUGCAACCCUUUACCUCUUACAGGGACAACAAACACCACUUACGAGGAGAAGUGGUACUUCACAUACCAGUUUGUAACUGUUGCGUGUAAUUGUGAAAGAAGGAAAGCGAAGAAGCGGAAGCGACAAUAGUGCAUUAUUAGUUCUACAGUCUUAUCUCCAGUCGACAAACCCAACGUCAUGGCUGCUGGGUGCUUGAGUUGAAAAACUGUUCUUUUUUGAGAUAAUGUAAUUCAGCUACCCGUUGUAAAUCUUAUUUAUACAAUACAUAAAAUCGUUUCAAAUUGUU